GUUGAAUUAGUAUUGAAGGCUAUAGUCGUUCAAUUGAAGUUGAGUCGGCAUUAACUAAUUGCGAGUGCAAUACUUAUUCUCUUCCUUUUCAGUCUGCUAAACAUACAAAAUACUUUUCAACUCGGUUAUUUGCUGCAGAAUUAGUUUCAUAGCUGGGAAUACUAAAACCGUAUUCGAAUUAUUUGACGUAGCUCUACCUCGUUGCCAAAUCCACAAUGGGAAAAUUCUUCUUCUUAUUGUGCCUGUUGGCGGUUCAAAUUUAUCUUGACUCGGCUACGCCUUAUCGUGGAUCCUUGAAAAAAAUUAGCGUUGUGUUCAGGCACGGUGACCGUUUGCCAGAACCCCCACCGCUGGGAUACUAUCCGAAUGAUCCGUAUCUAAAUACUAGUUUUUAUCCAUUGCACGCUGGAGAUUUAACCAAUAGUGGAAAAAGACGUGAAUUUGAAAUCGGAAGGUCUUUGAGAAAGAGGUACAAUGAAUUUUUGGGACCUUAUUAUGAUCCAACCGAAUUAUCCGCGACAAGUACCGAUUUCACAAGAACCAAAAUGAGCUUGCUAAUGGUUUUAGCCGGUUUAUACCCACCGAAAGACAAACAAGUUUGGAUAGACGGGAUAGACUGGCAACCAAUUCCAUUUUUCACCAUGCCACAUGAAGUCAAUGCUUUUCUGCGACCUACAGAUUGUCUUGCUUAUCAAAAAGAACGCGCUCGCGUCCAGCAGUCGGCCGAAUACCAGAAAGACCUUCUUCAAUUCGGAGACUUGAUGAAAAACUUGACGGUUUUGAUGGGACGCGAGGUCAACGACACCAAGGCGAUUUUCCAUCUUUUCCACACGCUGAUGGCCGAGCGCGAGAUGGGUCUCGAAUUACCCGAGUGGACGAAAAUCUACUUCCCAAAUGGCCCGGUUAUCGGUGCCACAGUUUUUCACUACAGAGCCGAAAGCUAUAGCCCGCUGAUGAAGAAAUUACACGGAGGUACGUUUUUGAGGAAAAUGCUCAAUGAUCUUUCGAUCGACGAUAUCAAAAAGACUCCGAAGAUUCACCUCUAUAGCGCGCACGAAAACAAUCUGGCGGGAAUUUUGAUAGCCAUGGAUUCGUGGUGGAACUUUAUACCGGAAUACUCGAGUGCCAUUGUUUUCGAGCUCCACGAAGUAGAAUCCCAAUAUUAUAUCCAGGUGGUAUAUUACUACGGAAUCCCCACGGAAUUCGAGGAGUUGGUUAUUCCUGGAUGCGAUCAACCCAUGUGUCCGAUAGAAGAAUUCCUCGACCUCAUGGCAGACGUCAUGCCCGAUGACAUACUGGAGGCUUGUCUCGGAAAACCCGAGGAAUCGCUUUUUAUUCCCAAAGACGGAGACCUGCACAAAUGGUUCUAUUCCAAAAUGAGGAAAUGGUUCAAUUUGUAAAACGCUUGUUAUUUGUUUUCGAUAUUUUUAAACAUUGUUAAUGUAUCAAAGUUGAUGUUAAAAUUAAUUCAAUAGUAAUAACUCAAACGAA